UUCCAAAACUGCAACGUGUCAUUGUGUAAUGAAUCGAACACCACAGUUUACGAGUUACUUUAUUACUGUCGCGCAAUCAUAAUAAUCAAUUCUUCAUCAUCAACCCCCACAUGAACCUCCCACCCCCAUACACUCUCUCUGUCUCAGAUACAACACAAACACAAACACAAACAAACACAAACACAAACAUCACCGAUCACCACAACAACCUCGCAACCUUGUCCCUGACAUGUCAUCACAGGGUUACCACAACCGCGUAGGGUUCACAAGGAAGAGAGAGCGACUCAUCCACCCCGUGAACCAAACUUCCCCACUUUCACCUUCUUCGGUUCAGAAUCAGAAUCAAGGCAUGCCCAUGUCAGAGUCACUUUCACUACCCUUUUUUCUACCUGAUGAGCUCGUUGUUGAGAUUCUCUCGAGGCUUCCAGUGAAGUCUUUGUUGAAGUUCAGGUGCGUAUGCAGGUCAUGGAAGUUCCUUAUUUCUGAUCCUUACUUCAUCAAAAAGCACCUUCACUUGUCAACUCGAAGCACCCACUUCACUCACCACAGGAUCAUAUUGAGUGCCACAACCGCUGAAUUUCAUCUCAAAUCUUGCUCUGUGAGUUCCUUGUUCAACAACCCUUCAACCGUUUGUGAGGACCUUAACUACCCUGUGAAGAACAAGUUUCGCCACGAUGGUAUUGUUGGCUCUUGUAAUGGGUUGCUAUGUUUUGCCAUAAAAGGUGAUUGUGUUCUUCUAUGGAACCCAUCUAUGAGGGUCUCCAAGAAGUCACCACCUUUGGGUAAUAAUUGGAGACCGGGGUGUUUCACUGAUUUUGGCCUUGGUUUUGAUCAUGUCACUGAGGAUUACAAGGUGGUGGCUGUGUUUUGUGAUCCUAAUCAGUUCUUCAGUGAGUGUAAAGUGAAGGUGUAUAGCAUGGCCUCCAAUUCUUGGAGAAAGAUUCAGGAUUUCCCCCAUGGUUUCUCACCCUACCAAAAUUCUGGCAAAUUUGUGAGUGGUACUCUCAAUUGGGCUGCUAAUCAUUCUGUUGGUUCAAGUUCUUUGUGGGUUAUUGUUUCCUUGGAUCUGCAUGAGGAAACAUAUAGGGAAGUUCUGCCACCUGAGUAUGAAAAGGAAGAUUGUUCCACCCCUACUUUGUGUGUCUUAAGGGGUUGCUUAUGCAUGAAUUAUGAUUACAAGAAGACCCAUUUUGUUGUGUGGAUGAUGAAGGAUUAUGGGGUGAGAGAGUCUUGGGUUAAGUUGGUCACCAUUCCUUAUUUGCCUAAUCCUGAAGAUUUUUCUUAUUCAGGGCCUUAUUACAUUUCAGAGAAUGGUGAAGUAGUUUUGAUGUUUGAGUUUGACUUGAUUCUGUAUGACCCAAGAGAUAACUCGUUUAAGUAUCCUAGGAUUGAGAGUGGGAAGGGUUGGUUUGACGCAGAGGUCUACGUUGAAACUCUGGUUUCACCAAUGAAGCAUUAAGGUUGAUGUGCUGCACAAGGAAGCAUUAAGUAAGGAAAAAUAAAAUGGUGUGAAGUAUUUUCAAGUCCAUGUGAUUUUAUCUCUGGCCCAUGUAUUUUGACAUUAGAUGUGUAAUAUGUAUAUGCAGAAGUGAGAAGCCAAGCAAUGUAUAGAUGUUGUUAAUAUUUGAUGAAGCUCAGUUAUGUGUUGUUGUCUUUGGGUUAUGAUGAUGUAUCCAUCAAUACCGCUUCAUCUACUUGUUAGUAGUAUAUGGGAAAUGGGAAGAUUUAAUGUGGAAAGAAGUAUAUGCUUUCUUGUAUUAUGGUGAAAAGCAUAUAUUUAAUGACUCAUCUUAAAUUCCCUCGCAUCCCUUAAAGUAGAAUCAGGACUUUUUCUCAAGUUUAAAAAAAGACAAGUAACGGACUUCUUUUGAGAAAAAGGACAUAAUUCUGUUAGUGAAGGAUAAAAAAGGAAAACUUUAAUUCCUCAUUUAUACGGUUGUAUACCAAACCCUAUACCGUUCGUUGCCUAUAUAGCAAAAGCACAAUACUAUGCUUGACCUUGGGCAAAAAGUAUAGAAUGGAAUAAAGCUAAAAGGCACAAGAACCGGGUUCCUUAGCACAACACUGGAACCACAUUUGUGACCUGCAGCCUACAAGCCAAUGUUUUGAGGUUUAACAUUAUUGGGUGGACCUGGUCCAUAUUUUUUUCAAACAUGUCCUAUUUUUGGAUUAAAUUGUGGUUGUAGUAGUGUAUACAAAUAGUACUACACAUCCAAUGACUUUCCCAAUUGAAUGCUACAUGUGAAGAGAAGAGGUAUAGGCUCAAGCUCAGUAACUGUUGAACAAAAACUCACGGAAAAUGUUGGGUGUUUACAGCCAGAGGAAGAUAGGAAUAGAAGAUAGAGAAGUGAUAGAUGUGAUCAAUGAUGUAAUAAGACAAAAAAAGAAGAGAGAAACAUGAAUGGUAAUAAAUAAAUGUUGAUGCUAUUAAAAUAUUUAUAAAUUAAAGUUGAAUUAACACGGAUCAGAGAUCCAAACUCUC